CACUGUGCGAGCGCGCGGACGUCGCGUUGUGUGCAACCGGCCCAACGACCGCGACGACACCACGCGUUGAUAAUGAACAACUUGCCGCGUCUACUACAAUUCUGCUUGCCACCGCGCAAGUAGCCGCGUACGAUAGUAGUGGUAAUUGUCAUCACAUUCGUGUUUUACUUGAUUCUGCUUCUCAGAGUCAUUUUAUAACUAAAGAAUGUUGCGAACGUUUAGGUAUACAACGUAAACAAAUCGAACGCACAAUUAUAAAGGGUUUCGGUGGAUCGGAGAAGGUACUUAAGGGGUCAGUCGAUUUCGAAUUUCAUUCCCGCUUUAAUUCAAAUAUUAAAUAUAAUAUUUGCUCGCUGGUCGUAGACCAAAUAACGGAUUGUUUGCCGACCGCCGUGGUUGACAGAUCUGCGCUUCCGCAAUUGAAUAAUUUACCGCUCGCGGAUACUACUUUCGCGACUCCUAAUAAAAUAGACGUUUUGAUAGGUGCAUCGCUUUUCCCGCAUUUGUUAUUACCCGAUGUUGGAGGGAGUGACUUCACGUCGGCGCCCGCGCCCGCACCCCGCGCUGUUAACACAGUUUUGGGUUAUGUUAUUAUGGGUUCCGUACCCACUAUUUGUAACGCCGCGGUCUCUUCACUUACUGCUUGCUGCGUAGUCGAGGAGCCAAUUAACACGCUUGUAAAAAGGUUCUGGGAAUUGGAAGAACUUACCGCUUCGCCCGUUCAAUGUGCCGAGGACGUUGAAUGUGAUGUCUUCUACCGCGCGACCACUGCGCGUGAUCCCACUAGUGGUCGAUAUAUUGUUGGCUUACCGUUCUGUGAGGACGUCUUCUCGCUUGGUGAAUCUUAUGAUAUUGCCCGCAAGCGCUUUCUGUGUUUAGAAAGAAAGUUAGAAGCUUUACCUAAUUUGAGAUCUGCUUAUGAUGAAGUCAUCACUGAGUACAUCGAUAAAGAGUACAUAUCGCCCGCACCUUCUGACGACUCUAGUAAGUCGCUGUUACCCAUGUAUGUUAUUCCGCAUCACGGAGUUGUUCGGGAGGACAAAGCUUCUACUCGCUUACGCAUCGUUUUGGACGCCAGCAGUAAGACUGGUUCCGGACGCUCUUUAAAUGACGUCCUGCACAGUGGGCCGAAUUUACAAGGCAAUCUUUUUGAGAUCAUUUUAAACUUUCGCAUUUACCCUGUCGCUUUAACGGCUGAUUGUCGUCAGCAGUUUCUCCAGAUCGUUAUGCGAGACAUCGAUCGUCGCUAUCAACGCAUUCUUUACCGCUUUAAUCCACAAGACCCGCUUGUUCUUUACGAGUUCAACCGCGUUUGCUUCGGCUUGAAGUCUAGCCCGUACCAUGCACUGCGCACGGUACAGCAGCUUGUCUCCGAUGAUGGUUCUAAAUAUCCGCGUGCGAGCGAGAUAGCGUCCAAUGCGCUUUACAUGGAUGACAUUGCGUUCUCUGUAAUGAAGGCGGAGGAUGGCGUCGCCGCCUCUAAGGAACUCAUCGACUUGUUCAAGACAGCUCAGUGGGACUUGGUCAAGUGGAAUAGCAACUCGCAGACGGUUUUAGAUUCUAUUCCCGCUUCGCACAAACUCACUAAAGAGGUCGAGUUUGAUAAAUCCAUGCAGCACAAAAUACUGGGCUUGCAUUGGUCCACGCAAUCUGAUUAUUUUUAUUUUCAAGUCGCGCCUCGCGAGCAGGAUAAGUGUACUAAGCGCACUAUCCUCUCCACUAUUGCCCGCUUGUGGGACAUCAUGGGAUUUGUUGCUCCGACUAUCCUAUACGCUAAACUUUUGAUAAAACAGCUCUGGCAGCUGGGAAUCGACUGGGAUGAUGAGCCGCCGCCACACAUCAUUAAGAUAUGGAGACAGUUUUGUCACGAGCUUCCAUUGCUCAAUGAUUUUAAAAUACCGCGACAUGUAGGUGUGGUGGAAGACUGCGUCGUCACUUUAGUCGGAUUCUCAGACGCCAGUGAGCUCGCGUACGGAGGUGUGGUAUACCUUCACGUACAGUCCGCUAGUGGUAACACCGUGCAGCUCGUGUGCUCGAAGUCCAAAGUUGCGCCCUCGCAACCGCUCACUAUCGCUCGUCUCGAGCUCUGCGGCAUCGUGUUAUUAUCUAAAUUACUUCGCACAGUUUUAAAUAACUACGCUAGCCGCUUUGCCGUUAACGUUUGCGCUUUUACCGACUCUAAAGUCGCUUUAUAUUGGAUUAAAAGUUCGCCCCACCGCUGGCAAACGUUCGUCGCAAAUCGCGUCGUCCAGGUGACUGACAACAUCUCCGCUGAUAACUUUCAUCACGUCUCCGGAGUGGAGAACCCCGCAGACUGUUUGUCGCGUGGCGUUACGCCACAGAAGCUUAUUUCGCACCCCCUGUGGUUAAAGGGGCCUCCGUGGCUUGCGAUGGACCCGUCACAGUGGCCUAUUAAUAAAGAGUCCGAGGUACAGUCUAUUGAAGAUAUACCUGAGAGGAAGAUUUUAGCACACCCUGUGACUGCUCCCGCGCAUGACUGCGCUAUAUACAAUCUUGCUCAGCGCGUGUCAUCUUGGACGAAGCUAUUACGCGUGAUUGUAUUUGUAUGCAGAUUCACUAAAUUGUUACCUCGCCGUGAGUCCAUGUCCGUUACCGCUAGCGACAUGGAGUUCGCUGAAAUUAAAAUAUUACAAAGUAUACAACGCAAAUAUUUCGUCGACGAAUUAAAUAACUUACGCAAUAAUAAAUGUUGUUCUCCCGCAUUUAAUAAGUUACGCGCGUUUCUGGACAAUGGUCUGAUUAGGGUAGGCGGUCGUCUCGUCAAUUCUGAUCUAGAUUAUUCCCAUAAACAUCCCGCUAUUCUACCGCGACAUGACCAUGUCAUCGACCUUAUUAUUGAUCAUUAUCAUAAAACGCAUUUACACGCUGGUCCCGAACUUUUGAUGUCUCUCCUUAGACAAAGGUUCUGGAUACUGUCCGCCCGUCGCGCUGUGAGACAGAGAGUCCACAGAUGUAACAAGUGUUUUCGCAUGAAACCGCGACCCACAUUUCCGCUUAUGGCAAAUUUGCCUGACACUCGUACUACACGAGCUGUCAAAGCUUUCACGCACACCGGCUGCGAUUACGCAGGCCCUAUUUCUUAUACGCCCGUUAGGCGUCGCGGAGUUCAAAGUUUGAAGGGUUACAUCUGUGUCUUCACGUGUCUGACGACACGAGCGGUACAUAUUGAGAUCGCUACUGACCUUAGUACUCCCAGCUUCUUAGCUGCCUUAAAACGCUUUCUCGCGCGCCGUGGUCCGGUACAGUGUAUGUAUUCCGACAACGGAACCAACUUUCAAGGCGCUAAGUCCUAUCUCCGUGAGUUAUAUGAUUUCCUUAAUAAAGAUUAUCGCCCUCGUUUCGAAGAGGAGUUAACAGAAAAUCGCAUCGAGUGGAAAUUUAUCUGCCCGAAUUCACCGCAUUUCGGCGGCUGUUGGGAGAGCAUGGUCAAAAUUAUUAAAACGCAUUUAUUUAAAGUCAUUGGACAACAACUUCUGUCGUAUGAAGAACUUAGUACGGUUCUAACGCAAAUAGAGUGUCUGCUUAAUUCGCGUCCUUUGACUGUUUUAAGUUCCGACCCCGCGGAACCUACCGCGUUGACGCCAAGUCACUUCCUCCACACCGCGCCUCUAUCUUCCCUACCCGCGCCUGAAGUAGAUUGUAAUAACCUUAACUUACUUCAUAGGCAUUCACUGCUCGAUAAACUCGUUCAGUCUUUCUGGGAGCGAUGGAGGAUUGAGUACUUACACAAUCUUCAAUUGAGAGAGAAGUGGAAUACCGCGUCUGUUCCCAUUACGCCGGGGACAGUUGUUAUUAUUUUAACCGAUAAUGCACCUCCUCUCACAUGGCCGUUAGCGGUUGUAGAGAAGGUCCAUCCCUCAAAGGAUGGUAUAGUUCGCGUGGCUACUGUUAGGACUUCUAGAGGUACAUAUCUUCGUCCUGUCGUACGCUUAUGUCCUCUGCCUAACCAGUAAGUUUAAUUUCGCAUUCGCGCAUACUCUUAGACAUUAAGUUUAUUUGUAUAUAUCUAUUAUACGUUAAUUAGUUAUCUAUAACACGCUAUUUGUUUCGCAUAUCGUAACUUAAGUUUAUGUAACUUCGCAUAUAUUUCAUAUUUUUCCCCUUUAUGAUAGUUUCUUAAAGGUGACCCUUUAAGGGGGGCUGGAAAUGGUGGCGCCAUCUAUUGAUUUAAGUAAAUAAAUUAGUAUUGUCUCACGAUUCCCGCUACCCCUUCCCUGUGCACGUCACAACAAGUGUGCUGAUUGGCCAUUGCGUGUCAUCAGCCCCGCUCCGCGGCGCGAAGAACAACCGCCAACCGCACCAGUAUGAAAAUUUACUCCAACGCGCGCGUGUGUGUUACUGCAAUACCUCGCGUCUAAGUCGCAUAUCGCUAAAUUCGCUCCAGAUGUAAACAGUUUUGUUAGAUCUUCGCACCCCCAUCGCUUCAAAGGGUUGCGUAGGCGACUGAGCCACCGUUGUGAACUGGACUGUGCUGUGAAGUGCUGUGUGCUCUGAAUCCCCGGGGAUAUCGUCGUUCGCUGGCGGUUUCAUCGAAAGGUAAGGCGUGCACAUCCUUUAUUUCCUGUCCAUUUUACAGCGUGAGACACUUAUUUACAAUAGAAUCUUACAAAUUCUUAAUUAUCGAAGGCAAACAUAAAGUUCAGCCGCUGGCGCGU